AUGGGCCCGCAGCUGCAUCCAAUGCCAACGCGCCAAGAUCUCUCGCCAUGUCUCCUCACCUGUCGGCACAUUCGCACCACCUUCUGCCAGGUUCGAACAUAUACAUAUAGACAUCAUAAUCAUGCCACUGUCAGAGGGAUGCCGAUACUGCCUGACUACUGCCUGGUAGACCGAUACUCUCGCUGGCCAGAAGCUGUUCCCCUGCACGACCAAGAAGCUUCAACUGUCGCACGUGCUCUCUACGAUGGAUGGAUAUCUCGGUUUGGCACGCCAUUGAGAAUAACCACGGAUCAAGGUAGGCAGUUUGAGUCAUAUCUUUUCAAGCAAUUGAAUUACUUGUUAGGUACGACUCACCUGAGAACAACCGCAUACCACCCUUCAGCCAACGGCAUGGUUGAACGGUUACACCGUCAACUAAAAGCAGCAAUCAUGUGCCAACAGCAACAUCGAUGGACACAGAGCCUUUCUACCGUCUUGCUGGGCAUCCGCUCAGCCUGGAAAGAAGACCUGCAAGCCACGGCAGCCGACAUAGUCUACGGGCAGUCGCUACGUCUUCCGGGCGAGUUCUUAGGAUCUCUACACCGCGACAACGCAACAGACAACGUAACAGAUUUCGUCAAGGAGCUACGCCAACACCUGAGGGAAUUGAGACCGACGAAGGUAUCUCGUCAUGGUACGGGUAAGACGUUCGUGUUCAAGGACCUUGCUACCUCGGAGGAAGUCUUUGUACGCCACGAUAGUCUCAAACAGCCUCUGCAACAACCGUAUGACGGUCCAUACAAAGUAAUUAAACGAGCAGAGAAGACGUUCGUGGUUUGCAUGAACGGCCGUGACGUUACGGUUUCCAUCGAUCGCCUUAAACCAGCGUACAUCAUGGCCGAUGAUCCACUCGUCUCUCAGGAAAGCAACAACGAUCAGAACCUUUCAGGCCCCUCCGAAAAGGACGCAGUAAUCACAGACCUACCAGAUACACACAAACACACACAGCAGAAAACAACACUAGAAAACUCGACCAAGCACAUAACCAAAUCAGGCAGACGUGUCCGCUUCCCGGACCGGCUACAGGGAGGAUUUUCAUAA